CUUUUCGUCCUGACAAAUGUUGAAAUGCCAAGCUUGAUUCUCUUCAACCGACGAUGGCACGUCGGUAGUGAUGAUCUCUUCUUCCCGGCCUUGUAUGGUUUUGUUGUGCACUCGAUAUGGCUCCUAGGUGCAGCCGUGGUAUACCACCAAACCCGUAACAACCCACCAGGAACAUGCACAAAUCCAAAUGGUCUUGAAACGUACCUUGUCAUGAGCGUCGUGACUCUUGUUAUGGAAUUAGUGGCAGAAACGUGUAUUGCGUAUUUGUCGCUACAGGGAACCGUUGCGGACCCGAGGCCAAGGAGGCAUAUCAAUAAGCCCAUAUAUUGUCAUUCUGGGUUAAUGCUUUUGGAGCUGGCAACACAGGUUUACGGUCUCCACCUCAUUCUUGGCUCAGAUCCCCUCAUAUGCACGCCAGCUUCCCAUAUUGGUUUCCUUAUCCAUUCUUUGAUAUACCUGAGUACCGCCGCGGUGACAGUUUACCUGAUAGCGGUUCUUCUUUUGUACCUCCGAUCAACACCCCUAAAUGUUGACAGCAUCGACCGCACCGCUCUCUGGCGAACGCGGUUGAGUUUUCUCUUUGUUUCGCAUUCCAGAUCGGGCACCGUGGAUGGUGGGUCCGGCGGGGACGAACCCGAUGUGCUAUCGGAUGUUGCGAGGAUUUUUGCAGAGUUUUUGGAGGAUGUGGAAACAGUCCCUAGUGAUAUUUUGGUUGGCGUUGUCCUUUUGAGGCGGAAACAGCAGGCUGCUAGAGCUUUGAUGAGCGGGAAGAAAUGGCCGAGUGAGCAACUGGGAGCCCGCGUUUCCGGAUCGGAAGAGCACGCAAUGGGGACGAGAAGGGUAUCACUGGCAGUUCAAGAAUCGCUGGUAAAUCGAUCAAGCUCGGAACACACGUCCCCAAGAAUAUCUGUUACCCUUCCUGCGCCCACAGCGUUGGACAUUCCCCGAUAUGAAGAUAUCCAAGACAUUACCUACUUUUAUCAAUAUGCAGAGUCCAUUUACGGGCUACCAUUAUUUAUGUUUACCAACUUUACACGUGGAGUAUAUCAUCUUUGUUGCCCAUGGUCCCGCGCACCACCAGACACCGCCAUUGCCGCCAUCCGCACAGUUACUGCAACAUCCUGCAUUCCCUGCCUGCCCUCAUCUCCGACUCUCUCGGACCAACUCCCACAUGCCGAUCUCAUAUACCUAUCUCUACAAGGAGGCCUCUUUCGCACUCCGUUUGCAAUAUGCUUUGAUCACCCGCGUCAGACGAUUGUCAUUGCCGUUAGAGGUACCUUGUCCACGGCGGAUGUAUUGGUGGAUUUGCAUUGCGACUUGGAAGAAAUAACGGUUCCUGGGCUUGCUGGUGAUGUGAAGGCUUACACACAUGCUGGGAUGUUUCGAACGGCCAGGAAUUUGAAGGACGAGCUGGAGGCUUCAGGCACCCUGAGGAGGCUGUUGUUGGAGGAGAAUAGUCGGUAUAAAGGAUAUGGCUUAGUAUGCUGUGGCCACUCGCUGGGAGGGGGCGUUGCUGCCCUACUGGCUUUCCUUCUUCGGACGACUUCCUAUCCCACCGCUCGUGCCAUUGCAUAUUCACCUCCUGGAUGUAUGAUUACCCACGAAGCUAAUGCAUACUUUGCCACGUUUUGUACAUCUGUCGUCCUCGGCUCUGACAUUGUCCCCCGUCUCAAUCGCAACACGGUAGAAAAGCUCAAACAACAAGUGAAUGAUCUGAUAGAUACAUGCAAUGAGCACAAAGUACGCGUACUGGGAUCGUUUUUGCUGGGAGAAUGUUUCGGCGCGCCAUGGUAUGAGCGACGGGCUGGACAGGAUGGUGGUCUGGAUGGGCCGCAGGUGAAUGUAAUGGAUGGGGCGUGGAGGGAUGUGGAAAUUGGCGAACACCGGUCGAGGAGAAAGAGAAGUUGGAACGAUGAAUAUCCCACAACAUAUCUACCUGGACGCGUCCUCUACUUUUGCAAAGAACGGAUACCUGGAUCAGUAGAUUCCUAUUCCACUCUUCCCUCCAGCUCUGAUUCCGUAGCCCUCCUUUCCCGUCCAGCUUCCGACGAUUUUGAUAAUGACUCUGAACCAGAGUACACGACGCGUCGCAGCUUCUUUUCGAAAUGCUUUCGUAAACGCCCACGAUCUCAAGCACGGAGAAGAAGAGAUACCUAUCGCCCCGUGUGGGCAUCCCCUGAAGAGUUUCAAGAGAUUGAGAUUUCCAUCUCGAUGGCUGCCGAUCACAUGCCAAAUAACUUGAGCACGGUUUUGAUGAGGAUUGAUGAAGCAGGGAGGAGUGGUGUCGUGCCGUUGCCAGCUGUCGGGUAUUGAAUGGGAUGAAGCUGGCUGAGCGAAAACGGGGCACCUACACUGAUCAGCAAUUGAUAUGGAUAGAUGGGUAUUUAAUAAUACAGAUAUAUCCUAUGCGUUGUUUGCAAAAUGUACAAGCUCUCCAGGC